UCCAGAGCCGAGGCUUCGUCGGGGGGAGGGGGUGGAGGGGGGGGACUCGCUUCAGCACCUGGACAGCUCCUUACGCAGGGUUCCCCGCUGCGCUCGCCGGGGAUACCCCCCCUCCCCCCCUCCCCUCCCCCUCGACCGGGACCUGGAUGCGGAGGAGAUCGCACUGCACUCGUCAUUUGAUCGCGCUGGCAACACGAACCAUCCUGAUAUGGUGUCGCCGGCUGACGAUGCUCCCUGCGCCUGAGCCUCAGCUCCUCUCUGGUGUGGCACCGAGGCGCAGGUGGGAGCAGGCGGUGCUGCUGCUGCUCGUCCAAUGCAAAAGUGCCGCUGAGGGAAGCUGCAGCCUACACACACACACGCCGCGAGUCUGCCGCCGAGGGACACGUCGCCGUCGGCGAGGGGGCAGCGGGAGGCGCAGGGACCCGCCGACAAUGUAAAUCUCUCGCAGGUUCGACAUGAGAGCAGCGUCUAUCAGCUGAAAAGGUGAACUGCGGCGCUCAAACAGGCGAAACUGAGUGGGAACCUUGUAACAGCAACUGCAUCACUCAUCUGUUCAUCGUCCGGCAUCAUGGCUAAUGCUGAGGGAGUGGAGCAGGCAGGUCUGUCAGACUUGGAGAUCAUCUCCCAGCCAGUGGAGGACGAGAACCAGUGCUUGGCUCCUCCGGUGCAGCUGGUGAGUUUUGGCUACAGAGAUCUGCCCCUCGCGGCUCUGGACCUCUCGCUGGCCGGCUCACAGCUCCUCUCCAACGCAGACGAGGACGAAAUCAGAGAUGGGUCCAACUGGCUGAAGCCGUGCUGCGGCCGCCGCGUCGCCCUGUGGCAGGUCUGUCUGCUCAGCGCUGGCUUCAACUGUAUCCUGGUGGCCUGUGUCAUCCUGGUGGUGCUCUUCCUGUCUUUGGAGCUGCUCAUAGACACCAAACUCCUACAAUUCUCCAAUGCUUUCCAAUUUGCCAGCAUCAUCCACUGGAUCAGCCUUAUCAUCCUGUCACUCUUCUUUUCCGAGACUGUCUUCAGAAUCGUUGUGCUCGGCAUCUGGGACUACAUUGAAAACAAAGUUGAGGUGUUUGAUGGUGCUGUCAUCGUGCUGUCGCUGGCCCCCAUGGUGGCCUCCACGGUGGCCAAUGGGCCCAGCAGCCCCUGGGACGCCAUCAGCCUCAUCAUCACCCUGCGCAUCUGGAGGGUCAAGAGGAUCAUUGACGCUUAUGUGCUACAAGUCAAAGUUGAGAUGGAGCUGGAGAUCCAGCAGUGUGAGAAGACCAAGGCUGUGAGAGAGGAGCAGCUGGAGCGUCUCACUCAGAUCUGCCAGGAACAGGCUUUUGAGAUCCGGCAGCUCAGGGCCCACCUGGCCCAGCAGGACCUGGACCUUGCAGCAGAACGUGAAGCAGCCAUGCAAAUCCACCACGUAUGGGGCAAACAGGGCCGGAGUUUUCAUGUUGUCGAAGGCUUGACUCCUGGGGAGUCUGAUGAUGAGGGCGGCCAGAGAAACCCCAGGGAGCCCACUACCACUGCAGAUCCAGUCGGGCAGGAUGACAUGAACAACUACAUCAGCCAAUACUACAGUGAAGCAAGCAGUGAUGCUGGGGCCUCUGGCUUGGGCACGCGUGUCAUCACCAUGGCAGCCAUCGACGUUCACCUCCCCACCAAUACAAAUCCUAUUCAGUCAAACACGAUGCUCGCUCUGGAGCGGAUGGGCAGCGCUGUAAGUGACGCCUCCGCCAGCAUGUUACAGUCCAGUGGCAGCCUGACGGUGCGGCCUCACAGCCUGAGUAGCCACACCCCGGCUUCAUCUAUGACAGACUGCAGCAGCAGCAGCACGGCUCAGGACCUCAGUCUGAGCUACAGCUCUCAUCGCUGUUGCCCUCCUUCCUUCUCAGGCCAAGACCCCAGGGGCCCCAGCAUGGUGGUGCAGGAACUACUCUCCUCCCUCUCCGAGGACCCCUGCCUUGCCCAAAAGGGCCUGGCGGUGGACCCCGUCAACCUUAAGCUUCCCAGCCCUACAGGCUCAGAAAAGGCCAGCCCUGAGCUGGACAACAGAAUAAACAUCUUCAAUCGCAGGAACCAAGAGGAGAGGCGGGGCCGCGGAAGGGGUCGUGUGCUUCUGCAGACCAGGCCACUGAUCCACCUGCAGGGCGGCACCACUGAGCCGUCCCUGGAGGAGAAGUACCGGCUCCUGGGACCAGCUGACACACCGCUGGGGCACAUGCCUGAUACAUAAACAAUACAACAAUACAUUUACACAGAAACAGGAUGGGUUUUUAUUCCCCUUUUAACCGCCACCGUGUUUGGCACACGUCUGAAUUCCUGUGGCAGGUUAGACCUCAUGAGAGGAACCCCAUAAUAUUUUUGAAACGUUUCUGUUGCUCUGUAAAUCCAAUCUUAGCCCAUCCAGAGCAAGCUCGAGCCUUUGAUUCUAGCUGACACUGAUGCUCCUUCCCUUGACGCGUUCAGAACACUAUAUAGCAGAAAAGACAAUAAGAACUCUUAAGGCCCUUUGCCAUACCUCCCCUGCUCCUUCGUGAUGGAUUUUUAAAAUCAGAAAUGCCCUGAAAUAGCACAACAACAAUAUCAACAAUAACAUCCCAUAACGGGAAGUCUGAUGUUUUCUUGGACACAUUUUCUCAUCAGGAAUUCUCACUUUGACUAGGUCCUGAAUGCACUGAACUCAACAUGAAUUAAACCAGCAAGGGGCCAUUCAAGCCUAUACUGAACAAAACUUAAAUGCUGAACAAACCAAGACACCGUUCUCUGCAGUGAGUGUUUUUUCUUUUCUUCUUGCUAUUCUGUUUCUUUUUUAUUUGUGUCAUCAAUUUUAAACAUUCAUUGUGGUGUCUUUGUUCAAACAGUCACAGGGUACUUAAGACUGGCUGAAAUAUUAAAACAACCAAUUCUUUUCUUUUUUUUCACCUUUUGGUUUGUUCGGUCACUGUCGUUCGUUUGGAUCAUCGAACUUUACUGAACAGAAUUUUUUGUUUUAGUGGGGUUUAUUCGUGUGGAUGGAAUGACUAAAUUGACUGGAUUCUUCAAAUAAAAACUAGACUGGAGUGCUUGUAGCAUGAACCUUUAAAAAGAUAUGUGCCCUCAAUGGCAAGCAAAUUCUUUGCACUUUAAUGUUUACAGACACUUUUGUAAACUUGAUAUGGACGACAGGAUUGCCAAAUGCAGGUGUUGUCAUUUGAUUGAAAAUAGCGAAAAUAAAAGUUAGUAUUUCCUUAA